GAGGAGAAAGAGGAAUGAAGAGCCUUCUAUUUUGGGUCUUACUCACAUUUUCUUCUGCAAUUCCUACAGACCGAAAGAUGGAGAAUGAAGAAAACACACAACUGGCUCAGGCAUAUCUCAACCAGUUCUACUCUCUUGAAAUAGAAGGGAGUCAUCUUGUUCAAAGCAAGAACAGGAGUCUCAUAGAUGGGAAAAUUCGUGAAAUGCAAGCAUUUUUUGGAUUGACAGUGACUGGAAAACUGGACUCAAACACUCUUGAGAUCAUGAAGAUGCCCAGGUGUGGGGUACCUGAUGUGGGUCAGUAUGGUUACACUCUGCCUGGCUGGAAGAAAUACAAUCUCACCUACAGAAUCGUAAAUUACACUCCAGAUAUGGCACGAGUUGAUGUGGACGAGGCUAUCCAAAAAGGCAUAGAAGUGUGGAGCAAUGUUACUCCACUGACAUUCACCAAGAUUUCCAAGGGCAUUGCAGACAUCAUGAUUGCCUUUAGGACCCGAGUCCACGGUCGGUGUCCUCGUUAUUUUGAUGGCCCCUUGGGAGUCCUCGGCCACGCCUUUCCUCCUGGUCUGGGCCUGGGUGGAGACACUCAUUUUGAUGAAGAUGAAAACUGGACCAAGGAUGGAACAGGAUUCAGCUUGUUUCUUGUGGCUGCUCAUGAAUUUGGUCAUUCACUGGGGCUCUCUCACUCCAAUGAUCCAACAGCUCUGAUGUUCCCAAAUUAUGUCUCCAUGGAUCCUAGCAAAUACCCACUUUCUCAGGACGAUGUCAAUGGAAUCCAGUCCAUCUAUGGACGUCAACCUACAGGACCCGCUAAGUCAAAGGAACCCACUGUACCCCAUGCCUGUGACCCUGACUUGACUUUUGAUGCUAUCACCACUUUCCGCAGAGAAGUAAUGUUCUUUAAAGGCAGGCACCUGUGGAGGAUCUACUAUGAUAUCACCAAUAUUGAAUUUGAACUAAUCUCUACAUUCUGGCCAUCUCUGCCAGCUGAUAUUCAAGCAGCAUAUGAGAACCCAAAAGAUAAGAUUCUGGUAUUUAAAGAUGAUAACUUCUGGAUGAUCAGAGGAUAUGCUGUCUUGCCAGAUUAUCCCAAAUCCAUCCGUACAUUAGGCUUUCCAAGACAGGUAAAGAAAAUUGAUGCAGCUGUCUGUGACCACAAUACAAGAAAAACCUACUUCUUUGUGGGUAUUUGGUGCUGGAGGUAUGAUGAAGUGACCCAAACCAUGGACAAAGGGUAUCCACGGAGGGUGGUGAAAUAUUUCCCAGGGAUUGGUCUCCGAGUUGAUGCCGCUUUCCAACACAAAGGAUUCUUCUAUUUCUUCCGUAGAUCAAAGCAAUUUGAAUAUGACCCUAAGACAAAGAACAUUACCCGAAUGAUGAAAACCAACACCUGGUUUCAGUGUAGAGAACCAUUAAAUUCAUCAUCUGAUUUUACUAUCAGUGAGGAAAAAGAACAUUCAGGAGGAGUGGAGUUGAUUUAUCACAAGAAUUUAAACUUGCUUAUUUUCAGUAUUGUUCAUGUGUUAAAAAAAAUCUAUAGUUAUCAAUAA